CAGACUAAUAUGCCCUGGUUCUGCUUUGCGGUUGUUCCUCAGUCCUCAGCUCAUUUCCCCCACUGGGUCUGCGGCGGAGGAGAAGAUUCGCCGACGUGCGAAGUAAACAUUGCAUCACCCGUGAAACCCUACUUCCGACGCCACUGAGUACUCAAUCCACGGUCCAUCCUGAAUCCUAUUGCUGAGAAUCGCGAUUGUUCGGUUUCAUGGCGAGUUACAACUCUCUCUCGGUUGAGAAGGAAAAUGUUAUUUUUCAUCUAUGAAUUGAGCGAGCAGCUUGUUUUUGUCAAGCUCUGAUUUGAACUCAAGAUUUAGUCUUUUGUUCUCCUUUUCUCGCGGAGUGUGGUUUCGAUUGAAGUGCUGGUGUUUGAAUGAAUAGUGGCUCAUAACUUUAACUUAUCACCCCCUAUAUUAUCUGGGUUGUUCUUUUUGAAUUUCAGAUAAUAAAGGAAGAUGACUCCUGUCUCUGUUAAGCUUUACACAGAUGAUGUGAGUCUGCUGAUGGUACUAAUCGACACCAACCCGUUCUUUUGGAACUCUGUCAAAUCAGCUCUUCCUUUCUCCAAGUUUCUCUCUCAUGUGUUGGCAUUUUUGAAUGCGAUAGUCUUACUGAAUCAGCUAAACCAAGUGGUUGUAAUAGCAACUGGUUACAAUUCUUGUGACUACAUAUUUGAUUCCUCAACCUCAGAGGGCCAAACCCAGCGAGCGGAGCAUUUGCUCCAAAAACUGGAAGAUUUUGUGAAUAAGGACGAGUCACUUUGUCGUGAGGACUCAGUAGAUGGCCCUGGGUUCUCACUUCUCUCUGGCUCCCUGUCUAUGGCUCUCUGCUACAUUCAGAGGGUGUUCCGGUCAGGUCCGCUUCAUCCCCAUCCUCGGAUAUUAUGCUUGCAUGGAUCUCCAGAUGGACCUGGACAGUAUGUUGCAAUCAUGAAUUCAAUUUUCUCUGCCCAGCGCUCAAUGGUUCCUAUAGAUUCAUGUGUAAUAGGAGCUCAGCACUCUGCUUUCCUGCAGCAGGCUUCUUAUAUAACUGGUGGUGUAUAUCUGAAGCCUCAACUUUUGGAUGGACUGUUUCAGUAUCUUUCGACAGUUUUUGCUACUGAUUUGCAUUCUCGUGGUUUCUUACAACUUCCUAAGCCUGCAGGAGUGGACUUUCGUGCCUCGUGUUUUUGCCACAAAAACACAAUCGACAUGGGCUACAUAUGUUCUGUUUGUUUGUCUAUUUUCUGCAAGCAUCAGAAGAAAUGCUCCACUUGCGGAUCAGUGUUUGGUCAGGCCCCAGUGCAGGACUCCUCAACACCAGACCGGAAGAGGAAAACUCCAAUGGAUGCUUAGUUGCAGACAGUUGCUUCAGGACCCACUUUCUACUCUAGGAUAGUUUUGAUGGUCAUUCCAUGAGUUUUGUUCAAAUGAUUUUGUUGAUUGCAAUUAUUAUCUUUUAUUUUUUCUUCUUUCCUUGAUGAAAUACUUUGGCAUCAAGCACUGCAAUGGCGACAGUAACCGAGAAGGGUGCAAACAAGCUCCAGCUCCAGCUCGGCCAAAAUUUCUGUAUCGAGCUCGAGCUUACUACAAAUGGGCUCGAGCUCGAGUUCGAGUUCAAGCGCAUUUCUCAUAUUUUAUUUUUAAUUUUGGUACCAUGAUUAUGAAAAUCCGUAUAUGGUACCAAAGUUGUUUAAAAAAUUGGGAAGUUAGUUCCGAAAUCCAUUUUCCGUC